UAUGAAAAUCACAAGUUGAAAUGGUUUAUGUAACGUUGACGGCACGAACGGUGCUCCGAAAAUAAUUAUUUAAACCAAAUUCCCCAAUAAUGUAGUGCGUGUUUAAAAUUUUACUAAAUAACAGUGAAUCUCAUUAGAAUCUGAUCAUAAUUUUAUUAUUAUAGUUCUAUUACUAUUUCUUUUACAAUGUCGUUGGUUAUAUGCAAUGACGUUUUCUCAACAUACAUAACCUCAAUUUCGGAGUGGGUGAUGAGUGUUAAAUGUGGAAAAUAAUAUUAAGUAUUAGAAAGUGCUGAGUGUUUUUUUUAUUGGUUUCCUAUUAUUGUUAGGAUUCAAAAAUAAGUUCUUAUGUGUCACAAUGGAAACAAUUGGCGACGGUCUUCCAGUUUUGCUGGUGACAGCCAAUGUUGGAAGCAUCUUCGAAGAUCCGGAAUCUAUGCUCCAACCAUGGUUGGACGAAUUCGCAGAACAAACUUCCAGACUGAGUCCCAGAUUUCUGGCUCUGCAUUUGCAAGAAGUUGGCGGAAAAACGUACGACGAAUCUACGGAACGGGUUCGAAGUUUUGUAGAACGACUCGGAGAAUCGAUGCAGAAAAUUGGAUUCGAUGCUGCUAGGAUAUAUUUGGACGAAGAUUACGGAUCUGCUCAGCAUUUUACGGCCUUAGGGAAUUUAUACUAUGCUCACAAAUCGGUGACGACAAGGCACAUAUGGGAUUUCGUUCGACGGCAAUGGACGCCAGUAGAGGACCGAAAAAUCUAUACAGGAAACAUUGAGGCGGUCGCCACAAAGGACAAGUCUAAAUUUCCUCAGCAUUUCUUCCCAGAGUGCAAAUGGUCACGGAAAGGUUAUUUGCGUACCCGUUGGAAUCUGAACGGGACCGUGGUGGAUUUCGUGAACAUCCACCUGUUCCACGACGCAUCGAAUUUGACCGCCUGCGAGAGCUUUCCUUCGGUCUACUGCAAGAGCCGCAGGGUGGCCCUACAGCACACUCUAGAGAGAUUUCAUCAGGAUGACACGAAUGGCACUGCACCUUACUUCGUUUUUGGAGAUUUUAAUUUUCGAUGUGAUACUCAAGGUGUUAUACAUAAAUUAACGGAAAAUUUGAAUGCUCUACGGCUACAGGGACGAAAAAACGCUGAUCAUACAAAAGUACAAUAUAAAAAUAACGAUGGUGAUUUAAUCUUGUCAGUUGGUAAAAAGGAGUUUUCGCACAGCGAUCACCAGAAAAUUUUUAAACAAGAAUGGCUCAGGCAAUACGACAGAGAACUGGAUCCCCUCCGGGGGUACCUUCAUGAGUACCCUCUUUCCUUCGUGCCCACCUAUCCCUUCGAAGAGGACCCCGCCCAACCUGACAAUUACAUGAAGACGAGAUGUCCUGCCUGGUGCGAUCGGGUACUCAUGAGCACAGAGGCCAAGACCCUCAUUGAGGGGGGGCAUAAUACUAAGGAUUCCACUGUCGAAUAUGGAGUGAUCGGCAGUGACAGGUGUAUGGGGGAUCACAAGCCGGUCUACUUGAGGUUUUUGCUGCGCACUGAACAAGGUACAGUUAGAUGUCGUAUUGAUUUGCACCAAUAUGCUUCGCUAGAUUAUAGCUUUGUAUCGCCGCUAAUAACGUCCAACAACGAACAAAACGAUGCAAAAAUCGUCGAUAAACAGCCGAUAAAUAUAGUAGGUCCUUACACCUCGUCACCUGUCAUUUGUGUCACUGACACCGAUUUCAAUCUAAACGUCUGUUUGUGCGAAACAUACGACCUCGAGCAACCUGAUUCCGCAGGACAAACUGUGAUGUGUGCCGAAUGCGGCAAAUUUAGGAUAGCCAACGAUGGAAUUUUAUUAAGAUCCCGAGGAUUUGAUGGUUACAGCAGGGAUUACAUAGUCAACGCUAUAGAUACCCAACUCUUGUACACUUUGGAUCAUCGGUAUCCGCAAGAUCCAUAUACACCUGAAAGUUUGGAAUCUCAUUCACCAGAAACGGAAUAUACACCUGAUCAAGAGAGCAGGGUGUCGGAUGAACUUAAGCAGGACGAAGUUAAGAACUCGAAAUUGGAUGUAACGGCUAAUAAUAAAACCAAAGCAGUAUCUCCAGAUCAACUCAAAUCUAGAUUGGAAUCAAUAUUAAGAACAACGACGGAUAUUAACGAUUGUGAUGCGCAAAUGCGUAUGAUCACUAAUGAUAAGGAGGAGGAAAUUGGGAAACAACAAAUAGGCAAAAGUACUGAAAAAUGUUGCCAAUGCGAUGUUAUUUGAUAGAUUCUCUUGGAUAUUGACUUGGAGAAAUAUUGCUUUUAACACGUUAAUCGCCAGGGCAGUCAUAUGCUAAGAAGAUCUACAUGAGCCUUGAGCAGGAGAAACAAAGUUUUAAUGUAGGGCCAUGUCAGUCAUAUAUGUAUAUCAUAAAAAUAGAGUUUCUCCAGGAGUUUUGACAAAAAAAUACAAUAAGUUUUCUUUGUGCAUUUUUAACUAAAUUAUCUAAUAAAGUUACA